UGGCCUGUUGUCCAUACCCUCAUUUUUCUUAGAAUUUUACCCAGCGUUUUGAAGCAAAAGAGAAAGCAAAGAAGAAGAAAGCAAAAGUAAUACGGAACGAACGUAGGCGGUAAACAUGGCAACAAUUUUUUUCGCUGAGCCCGAGCUGGUUAUUGGACACGGCCGUAAGGUGCUUUUCCUGAAUCCGGGCGACUUGCAAAUCUUUAAGGAAAUCGAACUGCCACCGGAUUUAACCACGUGUGGAUUGAAAACGGUCGAGCCAGUCCCCGUGCCUGGCCCAGGGCCGAGCCACCCGGCCAGCAGCUCAAAGCAACAGCCUGCAGCCUUGAGGGAAGCAACAGGAUCUGUCAAGGUCGAGGUAUCGAUACAAAAUGUGACCUACUCUCCAGAUCGCCAACUGUUGGCUCUGACCACAGUUGGCCAGAAGGCAGUGCUGCUAUACAAGAGUCGACCUGAGAACGCCAAGCUCCUCUCUAUACGCCCACUCGCACGUGCAUCGAGCGCCCUGAGGUUCUGUAGCGAUGGCAGCUCCGUUCUGGUCACCGACAAGACUGGUGAUUGCUAUCAGUAUGACUGUGUUGAGGUGGAUGCUCCGCCACGUUUACUUCUGGGACAUUUGAGCAUUGUGUAUGACAUCUUGUGGUCGGAGGACCAGCAGUAUAUUAUCACAUGUGACCGCGAUGACAAGAUACGGGUCACCAACUAUCCGGCAACGUUCGAUAUACACAGUUAUUGCUUGGGUCACAAGGAAUUCGUGUCUGGCCUGGCAAUGCUCACGGAACAGCACAUCAUCUCGGCAUCGGGGGACAAGACGCUGCGGGUAUGGAACUAUACUUGCGGCAAGGAGCAGCUGCUCCACGAGCUUCCCGCUCCAGCUGUCCGAAUGCUGGUGCGUCAGCUGGAGCCCGAAAAGACAUAUGAGGUGGCCGUGCUCUUCUAUGACCAUGUGGAUGCGAUUGGCGUGUAUCGACUGGAACAGACAACCAAAGAGAGUUGGAGCAUCACCUCCACCCAACUGGUGCGUGCCGAGGCCGGCAAAUGGAAUAUAUGCAAUUUUGCAUUGACCGAUGACCGGAUUUAUGUGACUGGUGCGGAGAAUGACCGUCUAACGUUGCGGGUGUACGACAGCAGGAAUGGCGAGAGGGCCACUGGCCUGCCAGACGGUUGGCUGAAGAUGGUCUUAGACAAUCUAGAUGUGGCCGCAUUCAUGCCCGAGGACUUGUCUGUUUGGUUUAAGAAACGAUUCGACAAUGUCAGCGAUUACUUGGAGCGCAAGAAGCGUCGCAUCGAGGAGCAGAAGCAGCAAAAAUGUGGAUAAUUUACAUACUUCUUAUCUUUACAUAGCAUUUAAUUAGUUUAUCGGACAAAAUUAACGGACUAUGUUUGACAAAUCUGUUACAUGAACAUAUUAUAUUAUAUGCAGAUAUAUAUAUAUAUAUAU